AUGCUUCCCUCCUCGCCAUCAUUCCUGUCCUCAUUUGACCCCGCCCUCCACCUCCACUCCGAAGGACCUGUCCACGCCAACACCGCCAAUCCUCCCUCCGAGUCAUUCUCCGACGAUCUCGAGGCAAUUCACGAACACCGCCUCGAACAAACACGAAAUCGAGUUGUGAUUCAGCACCGCGCUUGGGAUUUAUCAGAUAUAUUUUGCAGUGAGGAUGAUAUAAGACCUGCAGAUACCCCGACUAAGAAAACCGUUACGACACCCAGAGCAAUUGGCCGUACGCCAAUCCAGAGCUUAUAUUUUCUCCCGUCCUCACCACCACUUUCAAAAAUGCCGUUCAUCUCAUCACCUGGCGCGGCAGCGUCCGACAAUGCCGCCAACGAUGCGCAGAAACGAAAGGCAGAGGAAGGCCCAAAAUCAACAGAGCCAAAGCGACAGCGCAUGGUUGGAGGUUUCGUCGACGAAGAUGAAGAAGACGACCUUGACGCAUUCCGUGACGAGCAUAUGAACAGUCAACACGACUUGCCCGAGCAUUUCUUCCAAGAGCCCGCAUCGAGUUUACCUGGGAUCCCGCCAGUGCAGAAGCCUCCGAUACCAGAUGCGACUAUUGAUUCUGCGCCAAAAGCUUCUCGCCAACUCCCAAUAUUAACACCACGACCUGCGCCGACGGUCUCCAAAAGAUUCCAGAUCAAGACCUGUGCUGGCAAGACGCAUAGUAUUUCUACGAAGAAAGCCCGGGCUCUUCCUUCUUAUGAGCAAAUGAUUGCUAGUCGGUCUGAGACGGAAGCUGGAAAGGCUAAGAAGAGUUAUUACGGUAUCGAUAUACACCAAUUGCUAGAUGAUGCGGCCAGGGAGACGAAGACAUUGAAGGCGAAGCCCAAACCUCAAGUUCAGCCGAGCAUUGAGACGAAUAAUGUGAAUCCCAAACAGAAGAAGAUUGACUCUGCGAUGUGGACCGAGAAAUACCGGGCUCGGAAAUUUACAGAUCUCAUUGGAGACGAGCGUACUCAUCGCGGAGUGCUUCGCUGGUUGAAGGGAUGGGAGCCAAUCGUGUUCCCUGGCCUGGCCAAAUCUAAAGCGAAAAAAGCUGCCCAGGACGAUGAAGAUGGCUUUGCGCAUCGAAAAGUUCUUCUGCUGAGUGGCCCUCCUGGUCUUGGAAAGACUACACUGGCACAUGUAUGUGCCAGACAGGCUGGUUACGAAGUCCUUGAAAUCAACGCCAGUGAUGACCGCAGCCGGGAUGUGGUCAAAGGUCGCAUUCGUGAUGCGCUGGGAACGGAAAAUGUCAAGGGUAUGAAUGUUGAGAUCGGUGAACAAAAGGUCCGCCGCGCUGGCAAACCCGUCUGUGUUGUCGUUGAUGAAGUCGAUGGUGUCGUUGGUGGCUCUGGAAGCGGCGGAGAAGGUGGCUUUAUGAAAGCCCUAAUUGACUUAGUCCUGCUUGACCAACGGAACUCGAAAUGGGCUGCAGAGAACAACGGUAGCAAGAAACGCAAGGGGGAUAACUUUAGAUUUAUGCGACCGUUAAUUCUGGUUUGCAAUGAUCUUUAUCACAGCAGUCUUCGACCUCUCCGAGCAUCGUCCAUUGCAGAGAUGGUUAGUGUUCGCCAAGCACCCCUUGAGAACGUUGUUCAGCGAAUCAAGGCAAUUUUCGUCCGUGAAGGAAUCGCCUGCGACAGUGAUGGUGCCCGAAGGCUUUGUGAAGCAGCUUGGGGCUUGGCCAGCAGAAAACAGCGCAGUGGCAGGACUACCGGGUCUGCGGAAGGAGAUAUCCGUAGUGUGCUCGUUGCCGCAGAAUUCGUGGCACACAAACUUCGAAACGAGUCUUUGCCCUCAUCACUCAGGCUCAGCCGAAACUGGCUUGAGCAGCGAGUCCUGAAUGCAUCAGCCGAAGGCAGCUCGUUCUUCAAAGAGCUAAGUCGCGGUGGUGUUCGUGAGAUCGUCAACCGCGUCUUCACGGAGGGCGCCGGCUUCUCAGACGCACCUGUCGGCAUGAGCUUCCAAGAUAAGUUCGACGGCCCAAACAGCCGUGUUCCUGUCGGCGUGGCAGAUCUGCGCAAGCGACACGCUAUUAACCGAUUACGGGAGAUGGUAGAUUCCAGUGGUGACCAAGACCGCUGCGUAUCGGAUUGUUUCGCCUCGUAUCCUAUUCAACAAUACCAGGAUGACAACUACUUCUCCAAGCCCAACACAGCACAUGACUGGCUUCAUUUCCAUGACACGAUGUCAUCGAAGGUCUACUCAUCUCAAGAAUGGGAAUUAAUUCCGUAUCUCAGCCAAUCGGUCGUUGCUUUCCAUCAUCUAUUCGCGACUGCCGCGGGCAGAACUGAGAUUGAAAAGAACGACGAUGACGAGGACGUUGAAGAGGCACAUCCUUUCUCGGGACCUAGAGCCGACUUCGCUGCCUUUGAAGCCCAGAAGGUCAACCGCGCCACUUUGACUGCCUUCCAUAACUCCUUCUCGGCACCAAUGGCUCGCAUAUUCCGAUCAUCUGAAAGCGUCAUCACAGAUCUGGUACCACACUUGACUCGCAUGCUCUCACCAGACGUGAAACCAGUCAUCAUCCGCGGAAACGGAGACCAGCGGAGCUCCGCCAGCGUUCGCAAAGAAUCAGAACGGGCACUUGUCCAAUCUGCGGUGGGUGUCAUGACCGGGAUGGGAGUGACAUUUGAAAAAGUCCGCGUUGAACAAGAUGGAAACCAUGGAGGAUGGGCGUACAGAAUGGAACCCCCCAUCGACUCACUCAUCUACUUCUCAAAAACAAAAGGCAGCACCAUUGACUUAUCAGGUGGCACAGCACCAGUCCGCUACGCCCUCCGCCAAGUCCUAGACCAGGAAUACCGCAAAGCAACAGCGCGCAAGCAACCCGACGCAUCAAAGCUAGGCGUAAAGGGACCCAGGAAGUCAGAUGAGAGUGCCGCUGCCAAGGCCAUCAGAGAUGCGGCUGUCAAGCGUGAUUUCUUCGGUCGUGUUGUUGAAACCCCUUCUUCUCUGGCCGCGGAUUCUGAAGGUGCUGAUGGCUUUGCGGAUGAGUCUUCCAAGGCUGGGAGGAAGGUCUGGGUUACUUUCCAUGAGGGAUUCUCGAAUGCUGUUCGUAAACCCAUUUCCAUGGGGGAGUUGUUGGCGGGUUUGUAA